GGAGCAAUUGGUGAUUAAUCACAGAGAUAGGAAUUGGCGGCGAAGGCGAAAGUGGGGAAGUGAAAGAGCAGAGUUAUGAAUGAGGAGGCGGAGACGGUCGUGGAGAAAUUGAAGGAGAUCGGUGUCAAAGUUGUGAUCGAAUGAUGAUGAGCUUGCUUUGCAAGCGCACACCCAACCACGUGGUUUUACUCUCUCUUGUGUCCACAAGAUCUGGGGCCCUGCAAAGCGAGGAAAAACCACAAGAAGCCCGUUUAUUGAAUCUUCAUGCAUCUCUCUGUCCCAAUCAAAUCCCGCCACAUGUUUUCCCAAAAUGAGAAAAAUUCUCUCCGUCGACUGAAAAGCAAGCGAAGCUCGGACCACAGAAAUUUGGUUGGCUGGAGACCAUACAAAUGAACCAAUGACCAAGUAAAAUACAAUGCAAUUCUACCCAUUUGAACAAAAAACAGAGAAAAAUAUAGAGCAUUAUAUACUGAGGCUUCUCUUGAGAUUCUUGUUCUACAAGCGAAAACUUGGAUCGUGAGAAGGAUGGCGGGAGUCGGGCCGGUGGCAGUUGGAGCUAUUGAUCUCAACCUCAACCUCAAUUUCAGAUCGACGACAGGUACUAGACUGAGUUCUCCCAGAUCCCUGGAGCUCAGCAGCUCCUUUGUUGACACGUGGCACCCUUUGAGAUGCGGCAAGCAUCACCAGCAGAGGAGCAAGAGGAGGAGCAGGAGAGGAGGCGGCCUUGUUGUUGUGAAUGAGCUUGGUGGGCAGUAUGAAGAGGGCUUUGAGGAUGUUCACAGGCAAAUCAUCAAUUACUUUACAUACAAAGCUGCAAGGACUGUUCUUCACCAGCUCUACGAAAUGAAUCCGCCAAAGUACAGAUGGCUCUAUAAUUAUAUGGCAACAAACAAGCCGACUGAUGCUAAGCGCUUCCUUCGUCAUCUUGGAAAGGAGAAACAAGAUCUAGCUGAAAGAGUGAUGAUUACACGCCUUCACUUAUAUGGGCAAUGGAUCAAGAAAUGUGAUCAUGCGAAGAUGUACGAACGAAUUUCUGAGGAGAAUUUGGAGUUGAUGCGCGAAAGGCUCAUGGAAACUGUCAUAUGGCCAUCUGAUGAUACGAACACGGAGAAGAUUGGUUGAUAAACACAGAUUAGAAAAUAAUUCUAGAUUGGAUUAGUGCGUUUUAUGUAUAUACUAUUUUCUUAGUGUAAUAUGCAACAUUCAUAACGGUUACGAAACUCAUAUUCUUGUGUUCUAUUGUACAACCAAUUUUCUUGUUGUCCACGUUUCUCUUGAGAAUGAACACGGGAGUCAUAGCUUUUGAUCA